GCCUUCACCGUCCUGACCUUCCUGAUCGACCCCCAGCGCUUCAAGUACCCCGAGAGGCCCAUCAUCUUCUUGUUGUGCUAUUGCGUCUACUCCGUGGGCUACAUUGUCCGCCUCUUCUCCGGAGCGGAGAACAUCGCCUGCACCGACAAUGGACAACUCUACGUCAUCCAGGAAGGUUUGGAGAGCACCGGCUGCACCUUGGUUUUCCUCAUCCUCUACUACUUUGGCAUGGCCAGCUCCUUGUGGUGGGUGAUCCUGACUUUGACGUGGUUCCUGGGCGGGAAGAAGUGGGGUCACGAGGCCAUUGAAGCCAACAGCAGCUACUUUCACUUGGCGGCUUGGGCCAUCCCUGCAGAGACUAUUAUGAUCUUAGUCAUGCGCCGGGUUGCAGGGGACGAGUUGACCGGCUUGUGCUACGUCGGCAGCAUGGAUGUCAAUGCGCUGACUGGCUUCGUGCUGGUCCCUCUGGCUUGCUAUCUCAUUCUGGGGACAUCCUUCAUCCUUUCGGGCUUUGUGCCCUCUUCCACAUCAGGAGGGUGAAUGAAAACUGGCGGGGAGAACACCGACAAGCUGGAGAAGCUCAUGGUGAGGAUAGGUGUCUUCUCGGUCUUGUAUACCGUCCCGGCCACAUGUGUCAUCGCCUGUUACUUUUACGAGCGGUUGAACAUGGGUUACUGGAAGAUUUUGGCCAUUCAGCAAAAAUGCAAAGUCAACAAUCACGCUAAGCAUCUGGACUGCACCAUGAGUGACUCCAUUCCAGGUGAGAUCUUUAUGGUCAAAAUCUUUAUGCUGCUGGUGGUGGGCAUCACCAGCGGAGUCUGGAUUUGGACCUCCAAAACUCUGCAAUUGCAAGGGGUUUGUAGCCGGAGGAUCAAGAACAGGACUCGGAGGAAGUCCACCAGCAUGGUGGCCAGUGGGAGUCUUUACAAAAGGACCAGCCAGCCUUUGCCCAAAGUUCAUCACGCAAAGUACGAGCCAUCUUUGGCAAUCUCCGACCUGUGUGUGACCACAGUGGAACCUAAGACCAUAAUAAUGUUAUGA